CCGGUGAUGUGCGGCUCGGGAGAAUGGCGCCGGUGGCGCGCGGCCGAGCGGGACAGUGGCUGUGUCCAGGCUAGGGAGUGGUGAAACCACGAGGUCCUGAGCACUGGGAAGUCGCAAGGCUCUGCGUGCGAGGGUGUUUGUGGCAGGAGUAACUUGCUUAGCCUGGUUCCGCUCAGCGCAGUAGAAAACCGGAACGCUGAGGCCAGUGCUGGUGAGAUGACUUCUGGGCUCAAAGCAGCUACUUUCCCCACGUGGAAACGACACAUUGCAGAGGAGCUGAGGCGCCGCGACCGGCUGCAGAGACAGGCCUUUGAAGAGAUCAUCCUCCAGUAUAACAAGUUGCUAGAGAAGACUGAUCUCCAUGCAGUACUUGCUGAUAAGCUGCAAGCAGAAAAGUAUGACUUGCAAAGCAGACAUGAGAUCAGUCCAGGGCAUGAUGGCACAAGGAAUGAAGCUCAAUUGCAGGAAAUGGCCCAGCUGAGGAUUAAACAUCAAGAGGAGCUGACAGAGCUGCAUAAAAAGCGUGGCGAGUUGGCCCAGUCAGUGAUUGAUUUGAAUAACCAAAUGCAGCAGAAAGACAGGGAGAUGCAGAUCAAUGAAGCAAAGAUUGCAGAAUACAUGCAAAAGAUCUCUGAGCUGGAAACAGAGUGCCAGGAACUGCGCAGCAAGCUGCAAGAACUUGAGCGAGCCAAUCAAACACUGAAGGAUGAGUAUGAUGCUCUCCAGAUCACCUUCACUGCCCUAGAAGAGAAACUGAGGAAAACUACUGAAGACAACCAAGAGCUGGUCACACGUUGGAUGGCAGAGAAGGCUCAGGAAGCUAAUCGGCUCAAUGCAGAGAAUGAGAAGGACUCGAGGAGGCGACAAGCCAAGUUGCAGAAAGAGCUAGCAGAAGCUGCCAAGGAACCGCUGCCAGUUGAACAGGAUGAUGAUAUUGAAGUGCUUGUGGAUGAAACUUCUGACCCAGCUGAAGAGACUUCUCCAGUGCGAGCUGUCAGCCGGACAUCCAGUAAGCGACUGUCACAGCCAGCUGGAGGCCUUCUGGACUCUAUCACUAAUAUUUUUGGUCUGUCUGAGUCUUCCCUUUUGGGACAUCACUCUUCUGAUGCUGCCAGGAGACGCUCUCUGUCCUCAUUUCCUGCUCCCCAGGAAAAUGUAGAUGUGCAUCCAGGUUCCAGUAAAGAAGUGAGAGUGCCCACUACUGCAGUGUAUGUCUUUGAUGCACAUGAUGGAGAAGUGAACGCAGUGCAGUUCAGUCCUGCUUCCCGAUUACUAGCAACAGGAGGCAUGGAUCGGAGAGUUAAACUCUGGGAAGUCUUUGGAGACAGAUGUGAGCUGAAAAGUUCUCUCUCUGGCAGUAACGCAGGGAUUACGAGUAUCGAAUUUGAUAGUGCUGGCUCUUAUCUCUUAGCAGCUUCAAAUGACUUCGCCAGCAGAAUCUGGACUGUAGAUGACUAUCGAUUACGGCACACACUGACAGGCCACAGUGGGAAGGUUCUGUCAGCCAAGUUCUUGCUGGAUAAUGCACGCAUCGUGUCGGGGAGUCAUGACCGGACCCUCAAGCUCUGGGACCUGCGCAGCAAAGUUUGUAUAAAAACAGUAUUUGCAGGAUCAAGCUGCAAUGAUAUAGUGUGCACAGAGCAGUGUGUGAUGAGUGGACAUUUUGACAAGAAGAUUCGCUUCUGGGACAUCAGGACUGAGAGCAUAGUGCAGGAGCUGGAACUGUUUGGGAGGAUCACUGCUUUAGACCUGAACCCAGAGAGAACAGAGCUCUUGACCUGUUCCCGAGAUGAUCUGCUGAAGAUCAUUGAUUUGCGAGUCAAUGCUGUCAAACAGACUUUCAGUGCCCAGGGAUUCAAAUGUGGAUCUGACUGGACCAGAGUCGUGUUCAGCCCUGACGGUAGCUAUGUGGCAGGUGGUUCAGCUGAUGGGGUCCUGUACAUCUGGAAUGUGCUCACUGGGAAAGUGGAGAGAACUCUCGCGAAGCAUCACAGCUCCUCUAUCAAUGCAGUGGCGUGGUCACCAGCCGGUGCCCAUGUGGUCAGUGUGGACAAAGGAAACAAGGCUGUCCUGUGGUCUGAAUUUUGACGGGAAGGAGAUGAGACAGGAGGAUGCCGGUCCAGGGCUGGACAGAAUGGAGGCCCAAGCCUAGAUUCAUCCUACAUGCAUUUGGGCUUCAUCCAAUGGGCUUCACUUCUCAGAGGAGAGCUCUAAUGAGGCAAUCAAGGACGAGAAGCUGGAGGCAGAGCUCUUUACUGCCUAUAAGCGUGCUGCUGACCCUCAGGCUGAUCUGGAUGGUGAAUACUACUAGUCAUGCCUUGACAUACAGUAUCUAUGCACUGGAUGGAGCCGAAGGUACUAGCCAGAUUCCCUCACCGGACAGCUGUGCCAAAUACCCUGUUAUACAAAUGUAUGCACAGCACUUCUAACUUGGAAGUGUUGGAAAGACGUUUACCAUGUAUUCUGACCUAAUGCAUGUCCUGUUUCCUGUGUUCUGUUCCCAUGGAGUAGCUUAGGCAUGGGGUGAGGGCAUUCUGAAACAUGGACAGAGUGGAUCCUAGUCAGUCUAUAAAGUGAUGGAAUAACUGUAAAGUAAUUUAAAUGUUUCUGUUGCUCUGGCAGUUCUGCCCCCUGUGUUGUUGGCUGAGUUUGAGGCUUCUCCAGUUCUGACAUGGUCUCUCUGGCAGUUUGUAAUCCGAGAACUCCCUGCAUCAUUUUGAUCUGUAUUUCAGGGAACUGUCCAUUCUUCAGUGAUGAUGCAUCUUUGUCAAAACUCCCUCCAAUAGCUCCUAUAGCAAAAGUACCAAAAAGUGGGGAAAGGAGAAUUUUAAUUCGAACCAAUAUAUUUCCAGUUUUGUUGGCGCGUGGAGAAGGGGAGGGGAGGAGAGGGGAGAGAAGAGAAGAGAUGUAACAUCUGCAGUGGGAGUGGUGGUGCUGCUGUGAUGAGGAAUGUAUCCAUACCAAGACUUCCAGUACCAGAAAAUAAAUGUAUAGUCUCUUCUGCUGUCCAUCCGUCCUUCUCUGUUGAAGGCUGUUGGUGGAGCAUGGGGGAGCAAUGGGAUUCAAUCCUGAAUGUAAUGCUCUAGUGCUGGCAAUCCCUGGCCACUUGCUCCCUUUUUGAGCACAUGUGCAAUAUUCUCCUUUGUGCUUGAGCCCUUCCUGUGCCAUUGAACAGGGUUUACACCCUGUAUCCUCAGGCAUCUAAAUAUGUGAGGUUGUUGAAGGAGAACUAACUGUAAUGUUUUAUAACUUUUAUCCAGCCAAACUUUUCCACCUCAGAUGGGCCUCAAGAUAAGCCACCAGCGUUCUCUCGCCUUUUUAUUUGCACUUUAUUUUGCUUCCUUCCUGAGCUUGUUUUCUAAGGAAGUGUUUUGAUGGGUUAGGAAAGAGGGUUGUUCCUAGGACCGUGGUCUCUCUCUAACCCAGCCUUUCUUUCAGACAACUUCUGCAGAGGGGAGUUGAGAGUAUACAGGGCAAAUCUUUUAUUUAUUCAGCUGCCCACCAGAAUUUGAUUGUAAAUAAACCUAUGUUCUGCUUUUAAAA